CGCGCCCAUAGUCGAUAUGGCAAUGGCUGCCCCACUACCGGUAGUGGGGAGAAUCACGUGACCACAGCUCCAUUUAUACUCUGCUUUAGAGAGAACUUUCCUCUUCGUGCCCUUGAAUUUGUCAGUGGUGUUGCGGUGUCAAGUUAGUCUCAUUACAAGAACUUAACAAUGUCCAAGAUUGGUAUCAAUGGUUUUGGCCGCAUCGGUCGUCUGGUGCUGAGAGCUUCCCUGGAACGGGGUGGCCAAGUGGUUGCUAUCAAUGACCCUUUCAUUGGAUUGGAUUACAUGGUGUACAUGUUCAAGUAUGAUUCCACCCACGGUCGAUUCAAGGGAGAAGUCAAGGCUGAAGGAGAUCACCUUGUUGUCAAUGGAAACAAAAUUGCUGUCUUCUCCGAGAGGGACCCCAAAGCCAUUCCUUGGGGAAAGGCUGGAGCUGAGUAUGUCGUAGAGUCCACUGGUGUUUUCACAACCAUUGACAAGGCUUCGGCUCAUUUGGAUGGAGGUGCGAAGAAGGUGAUUAUCUCUGCCCCCAGUGCCGAUGCCCCAAUGUUUGUAGUUGGUGUAAAUUUGGACGCGUAUGACCCAUCUUACAAGGUUGUCUCCAACGCAUCCUGUACCACCAAUUGCCUGGCUCCACUCGCCAAGGUCAUUCAUGACAAUUUUGAGAUCGUUGAGGGUCUGAUGACCACUGUCCACGCCACCACUGCCACCCAGAAGACUGUUGACGGUCCAUCUGGCAAGCUGUGGCGUGACGGUCGUGGUGCCCAGCAGAACAUCAUCCCCGCUGCCACAGGAGCCGCCAAGGCCGUAGGCAAGGUCAUCCCAGCUCUGAACGGCAAGCUUACAGGAAUGGCUUUCCGAGUCCCAGUCCCCAAUGUCUCAGUUGUUGAUCUGACUGUCAGAUUGGGCAAAGAUGCCACCUAUGAUGACAUCAAGGCCAAGGUAAAGGCAGCAUCUGAAGGUCCUCUUAAGGGUAUUCUGGGAUACACUGAAGAUGAUGUUGUGUCUUCUGACUUCAUCGGUGACAACCAUUCCUCCAUUUUUGACGCAAAGGCGGGCAUUCCUUUGAACGGCAAAUUUGUCAAACUCAUCUCCUGGUACGACAACGAGUUUGGGUAUUCCAGCAGAGUCAUUGACCUCAUCAAAUACAUGCAGACCAAGGACUAAAUAAAGACAAUAACAUGCUCGAUGUUCCAAUGCCACACAGAAUCUAGGUCAACCUAAUUAUCAUUUUUGUAUUAGACCUAGGAGAAUGCCCCUAUUAAGCUCUCAUUGUAUGUCUUUUUUUAUUUCAGUGUUCAUCACUCUAAAAAACGUAUGUUAAUAUUUUUGUUGAUAUAUAAUUUGUGUUAAUUUUCUAGAAUGAGUAAUAAAAGUGAGUUGUUGUGAA